AAUUGCAUUUUAUUCGACAUCAAAUCAACUUCCUCUUCUACUCUUUCAUCUGAUUCUUAAGAGCUCCAAAUUCCUCGAUAAAUUUACCAGACAUUCCAUCUCUCCAAAUCUACUCCUACCUCAUCUGCAUUAUCUACUUCUCUCCAUAACACACUCAACAUGCCUACCUUCACAGUUUUCAAGGGCAGAGCUGAUGGUUACCCCAUCAAAAGCACCACCACUAGGCCUGAAGAGCUCAAGGGUGAUAGUGUCCUUGUAAAGAUUACUGCUUCUGGUGUCUGCGGAACUGAUCUCCACUACGUUAGUUCAUACUCUAUCGCUCCUUCACCUCCUAAUUUUAGCUAACCCCCUUCCAGAAAGGUGCCGACAUGGUUCUCGGUCACGAAGGUGUUGGCAUCGUUGAAGCCGUCGGCCCUGAUGCAAAACAUCUCAAGAAAGGUGACCGUGUCGGCUGGGGUUACGAACAUGAUUCCUGUGGUCACUGCCACGAAUGUCUUACUGGAAACGAAGUUUUCUGUCCCGAACGUGCUCUAUACGGUUACGCCAAUCUCGAUCAGGGAUCUUUUGCUUCUCAUGCUAUCUGGCGUGAAGCCUUCCUCUUCCUCACACCCGCUUCCAUUCCAGAUGAGUAUGCCGCUCCUCUGCAAUGUGGAGGUGCCACCACAUUUUCUGCCCUUCAAGGCAUCAAGAGCACAGAUGUUGUUGCUGUCAUGGGAGUUGGUGGAUUAGGGCAUUUAGCUAUUCAAUUUGCUGCCAAGAUGGGUUGCAGAGUUGUCGUAUUGAGCAGUUCCGAUAAAAAGAAGGAUGAGGCCACCAAGCUAGGUGCACACGAAUUCAUCGUCACCAAAGAUGCUAAGGAGCUCAAAGUUUCCAAACCCAUCAACCGUCUCCUCGUUACCACUGCCGCUCAACCAAACUGGGACCUUAUCCUCCCAAUUAUGGCACCCCGCUCCACCAUCUUCCCCCUCACAGUUUCAUUCCAGAACCUCGAGAUCCCAUAUAUGCCCUUCCUCACCGCGGGUGUCAACAUUCAAGGCAACCUUGUUGCAAACAGAAGUGCCCAUAAGCAAAUGUUAGAGUUUGCCGCAUUCCAUGAUAUCAAACCAAUUGUUCAAACAUUCCCCAUGACAGAGUCAGGUAUCGCCGAGGCAAUGGAUAAGUUGGACAAAGGACAAGUUUACUAUAGGGCUGUUCUCUUGGCGCAGUAAGUGGAGCGCUUUGCCUUUUCUUACGGUUGACAGAGGAUUGGGUGGAUGAUUGGACAAGGAAACAAAAUGAUUGUAAAACAGAAAGAAAGAUAGAAAUACAAGAUGAUCCUACCUCAUAUUGGUUUUCAAGCUCAAAAUUUUCAGGGAUUCCGUGACUAACAACAUCCUCUCCCCUCAUAGAAUUAUCGAGAAAGUCCUUCCUGGUGCCUCUCGAUCAUCAUCUUCUUCAUCCACUACCCUUCGCAAACGAUUCACCUACAAAUCUUGGUUGACUACCAUUCUCACUUCUUGCUCACCAAAAAGUAAGAAGGAGAAGAAGAGUUUGGAGAAGAGAUGAGUUUGAUUUGACGGUUUUUCCUUUUUUGUUAUUGGAUGGAGAUUGCUGUUGGCAUACGUAAUGAUACCUUUUGUGAUGGCUACAUUUAAUACCCCGCUUUGAACUUUGUUUUGCAGUACAUAGAUAAUAAGCACGUAAUAUAUUGCUUUUCUUGAAUUGC